AUGUCCACUGGGUCCCUCAGUGAUGUGGAAGAUCUGCAGGAGGUGGAGAUGCUGGAGUGCGAUGGCCUGAAAAUGGAUACUAACAAAGAGUUUGGGGCGUCCACCGAGAGCAACGAGGAGGGAUCCAAUGGCGAGAAUGGCUCCCCUCUGAAGGGGAGAGGGGCCUCGGGCAAGAGGAAAAAAGCUCCCCCCAAGAAGAGCCCUUUAAAUGGAGUGAGCCAGGAGGGAAAGCAGGUCCAGAGAAAUGCUGCCAACGCCAGGGAGAGGGCAAGGAUGAGGGUCCUUAGUAAAGCCUUCUCCAGGCUUAAGACCACCCUACCCUGGGUGCCCCCAGACACCAAGCUUUCCAAACUGGACACCUUGAGACUGGCCUCUAGCUACAUCGCUCACCUGCGGCAGAUCCUGGCCAAUGACAAGUACGAAAAUGGCUACAUCCACCCAGUCAACUUGACUUGGCCUUUUAUGGUAGCCGGCAAACCAGAGAGUGACCUGAAAGAAGUGGUGAACACAAACCGCUUGUGCGGCCCGACGGCAUCCUGA